GCGAAAUGACUAAUGACUGUGGUUUGUUUUCCUCUUUUGGACGUAUAUAAGGCAUUUGCAGACCACAUUCACAAGACUACAUGCCCUGAUGUACAACAGGGUCCAGGGUUUGGUCAUCACAAAGUGUCUCCUUUAAUAUCCAAGAUGCUUCUCUCAUGGGUAACAAUAAAACAGAGUCUUGCAGAUUUUGGUUUUCUGGUCGUGGAUGUUUUCACAGCUGGUAAAAGGGAGAGCUUUCAAAGAACUCUCAUCCUCUUCCUGACCUGCAGCUCCUCCAGCCUGCUGCUCGGCACCCUGCUCUUCCUCUACCUGCUCUACACCCUGGACUAUGACACAGCAGUUGCUGGAGGAAUUGCGGGCUGCUUUGGAGCAUUGCUUACCGGCGCUCUCUUCUUAUCAAAGAGAAUAAGAUGCUUAGGGACUCUCUUUGUGAUCUCUAUUUUCAUGAAGAAGAGUCGGAGCUUGCUGCUAACUGCUGGGACCAGUUUGGUAGUUCUCCAAAACAUCCGCAACACCUUGGAAAACCUCACAGGCCUCCUCAGGAGCAUGAUUUGCAACCUCAAGGCGAAGAAGUCUUCCAUCACAGCCCCUUUCAGUAACUAUGUCAAUAUGUUGAAGUGGAUAGGAAACAUGCUGAAAGGGAUUACAGACCUGGGAGUGGUGAACUUUGACUCCAAGCUGAAGGUUUCACCCAGACUGGAAUCAGAAAAAUUCCGUGAGAAACUCAGUGAAGCGGAGCAGCAGCUGAAUGAGACCGUGAAAUUUGCACAGUCCCUGGUGAAAACAGUGUCCUCUGUGGCCGACAGGAUGUUUCCUGCCAUUAGCUUCCUCCUGCUCAUGAUGUUCAUAGCCUUGCACAUAAGAAAAUACCGCAUUGACAUGAAAUAUCAAAACAGGUAUAUCGGCGGCAGAUUUGUCAGUUUUGACGAGAAGCAGAAGGCCGAAGGAAAGCCCAACCUCCUCCCCCUCACACAAGAGGAGGGGAAGCUGUACACAGCUAUCCUCUCCGCCCGUCCCACCGCCAGGGAGAGGAAAGCUGUUCUCAAGUUUGGUGCUUCAAUUGUUUUCCAUUUUGUGACUUGGGUCAUAUUUAUAACUGUGGAUGCUUUAUUGUACUGCUUUGUGGAUAUUAUAACAACAAAGUUAUCGGAGCUGGAACCCUUCAAUGUCCCCCUGUUGAUGAGCAUCAAAGGGAUUGCGACUUUAAUUGGUUUACCCCUUAGUGAGGAGAGUCAUCAAAAAGACUUUUCCUUCUCUGUGACCUUGUUCGAGAAGAACUGCCUUCCUAAACCCAAGCUGCUGCUCUAUAACUCCAUAUUUCCACUGGCUGUCAUUCUGCUCGUCCUGCUCAUUAUGGCCAUGGUGGCUGCCAAAGUGACCCAGCUCAGGCUGAUGGUCUGUGAGCGAUUCUUCUCCACCGCUGCGGAGGAGAGAGUGGCGUACCUGCACGCCAAGAUCCUGCGGAAGAGAUUGAAAAGGAGGAAGGAUAAAAACAACUCUAGCCUCAGAUCACUAAUUCUUAAGCCUCGUUUCUGGUGCCCGCUGCUCUUUCGACCCAAACAGAAUCCACAAAGUGUUGUUUGAGGACAUCAGGAUACUACAGCCCUGCUCAUGGCUCUGGGGAUGGAAAUGUUAUUGUUUUGGACAGGUGGACCGAAGGCCACUGGAUGGACACAUUUUAUUCUGAAAUAAUUCUAAUGACUUCGUUGAUAGUCUGCCUUUUCCUCCCUGUACCACCAUGAGGGUGACAUUUAGUUUUUUGAUAAAAUGACUCUACAAGUUGGGUGGAUGGACAUGAAAAGUGGCACAGGCUCCAUUCAUGGUGUCCAAAAAUGAAUCUGGCCUUUUGUGGACCAACAGCAGGAGGUCAGUGUUUUCUCUUAUCCACUGUUCAAUGUUGAUUUGUUGCCUCAUAUUAUUAACUUGUAUUUGUAUGUACUUUACAGAGGGAGGUAUAUGAAAUAAUAUAUUCACUGUUAUAGUCAUAUUGUAAUUGAGUGUACAGCCCUUUAACUUCAUUAUUCUUUAGUAUAUUACACAACAGGUAAACCUGACAACUGACACUAACUGUAACCGUGAAGAGCCACGUAGAAAUGUCAUGACAUGAGACAUUUCAUACAUAUUACAGUAUGUCCAUUAUAUAACAGACAAUACUCUAUGACAUACCCCAAACUGUGAUUAUAAUCCUCAACAGUUUGUAUAUUACACCUUGACAUUAGAUGUCACAUUAUUACAGCAAACUAAAUAACAAGAUGUAAAAUAUUGUAAAUAUCUCAAUUUUUUUUAUCUUAUAAUUUGUCAACUAGUCCAUUCAUUUCGGCCAGCUUCUAAUAACCUAAAAUACAGAGUGAGGAUUUGGUUAUUUCUCCCCUUCAGAGAGUAGAAGAGCGAUAUUUGCUUACAUAACCACAGACAGACGUCCCCCUGUGUGCAGUGAACCACAAUGUCCCCUUUCCAAUUACCUCCUGACAAGUGCUAUUGUUUUCACACAGCACAGGCAAGAGAAGUGAUGGGUGUUUUUUAAGUUGAACUGUUUAUUUUUUCCUUCUUUAAAAACAGCUUCAUUAUGGGUUGGUAAAUAAUUUAUGGUAUUAAUAUUUUUUAAAUCAACUGUAUAUCAAUAAUAACAACAUCAGGUAAGUCUCUUUAUGCUAUUUGUUGUUUUUUUUUACCUCUGAGACCUUUUCAGUUGUUUGUUUUUUAGGAGUAUGUCCACUCAUCAAGUUUUUCUUUACAUUGUUACUUAUUUUAGUUGUUGCUUCCACUUCCUCUUGCUUCCUUUUCCACUGCUCAUUUUCCAUCAGUGGUUAUUGCCAUUGGUUUGAAUUAUGCACUAUUAUGCAGAAAAAAGUCUUGCUCGCUUGAUUUUGACUCUUUUGUCUGGUGUUUGUCUUCGUCCAUGGUUGAUUAUUGUGAAGAAUUUAUAAAAAAGAUAAUUAUAAAAUGAUUUAUCCUUGCAUAAGGAAUAUUUGAACAUAGACUUUG